CGUUAGUGAGUCGAGCUCUCGGAGCGGUCAGAUCCGUCUGCUUCGCCUCCGCUCGCCCCGUUCCCGUUUGUUUUCUGCGCGUCUCCUUCAGGGAGUCGCCGGGGCUGGCGUUCCCCUGCUGCUUUUUCUUUUCCGAGCAGACCCAUUUCCACCGCGGCUGCCUCUUUCCUUCUUCCCCCUCUCCCUCUGUCCCCGAGCGUCUCGGCGCUCUCCCAUCGCCCCGCCUCUGCGCUCCCCGCUUCUCCUCCUCGGAGGAGCUGAGAGCCCCCGGGGCGAGUGUAUAUGGAAAUAGUGGGGUGCCGAGCAGAAGACAGCUCGUGUCCUUUCCGCCCUCCAGCCAUGCUCUUCCACGGGAUCUCUGGAGGCCACAUCCAAGGCAUCAUGGAAGAGAUGGAGCGCAGAUCCAAGAGCGAGGCCCGCCUGACCAAAGGCGCCCAGCUCAACGGCCGCGACGCGGGCAUGCCCCCGCUGAGCCCGGAGAAGCCCGCCCUGUGCGCCGGCUGCGGGGGCAAAAUCGCCGACAGGUACUACCUGCUGGCCGUGGACAAGCAGUGGCACCUGAGGUGCCUGAAGUGCUGUGAAUGUAAGCUGGCGCUGGAGUCCGAGCUCACCUGCUUCGCCAAGGACGGCAGCAUUUACUGCAAAGAGGAUUACUACAGAAGGUUCUCUGUGCAGAGAUGUGCCCGCUGCCACCUCGGCAUCUCCGCCUCCGAGAUGGUCAUGCGCGCCCGAGACUCCGUCUACCACCUGAGCUGUUUCACCUGCUCCACGUGCAACAAGACCCUGACCACGGGCGACCAUUUUGGCAUGAAGGACAGCCUGGUGUACUGCCGCGCCCACUUCGAGACCCUCUUGCAAGGAGAGUAUCCGCCGCAGCUGAGCUACAGCGAGUUGGCGGCCAAGAGCGGCGGCUUGGCCCUGCCUUACUUCAAUGGCACCGGCACCGUGCAGAAAGGGCGGCCCCGGAAACGCAAGAGCCCGGCGCUGGGGGUGGACAUUGUCAAUUACAACUCAGGUUGUAACGAGAACGAGGCCGACCACCUGGACCGGGAUCAGCAGCCUUACCCGCCCUCGCAGAAGACCAAGCGCAUGCGCACCUCCUUCAAGCAUCACCAGCUGCGGACCAUGAAAUCCUACUUCGCCAUCAACCACAACCCGGACGCCAAGGACCUCAAGCAACUUGCUCAGAAAACAGGCCUGACCAAAAGAGUUUUGCAGGUUUGGUUCCAAAACGCACGAGCCAAAUUCAGAAGGAACCUUUUGCGGCAGGAGAAUGGGGGUGUUGAUAAAGCCGAUGGCACGUCGCUUCCGGCCCCGCCCUCGGCAGACAGCGGCGCGCUCAGUCCGGCGGGCACAGCGACCACUUUAACAGACCUGACCAACCCCUCUCUCCCCGUAGUCACAGCCGUGGCCUCUAACCUGGACAGCCACGAGUCCGCCAGCCCCGCGCAGACUACCUUAACGAACCUUUUCUAACGCUGGGCUUUGGGCUUUUUUAAAUCGUCCUCUUCUUUUUAUUAUUAUUCGAAUGAUUAUUUUAUUAUUUACAAAACGAUUCCCCCCCACCCACCCACAAGAUACUUGGCAAGUAACGACGACAGCUUGGUGUGUAGUGUCUUGCAGCCACUUGGCAAAUGAGUUUACAGUUUCGUCUCCUUUACAAACUGUACUUUUUUUUCUUUUGUCUAUAAAGUGUAUUUGGAUUUAAAAAAAAAAGAUUAAUUAGAUCGUUCAGUCGGGAGAACAAAUCUUGGGGCAUUACAGCCAAACAUCCCGACGUUUGAAAAUUCCCUAAAGUAUUAAAAGAAGGGGAAAAGUUUGAUCGGAAAUCCACUGCAGUGAAGACAAAGACAAUAUUAGGUUAUGAUAAUCAUACAUUAAAAGAUCUAUUGAGCCAAAAAAAGAGAGAGAGAGACAGAGAGAGAGAAAGAGAGAGAGAGAGAGAGACCAAGAGACUUAAAUGUCAUUUACUGAAUGUUAACAAAACUUCUGUUCUUUAUGAUGUCUAACACAAAUGGAGGCUUAAAAUUAUAUGAUUUUAAACAAAGUGAGACAAACCGUGUAUAAUCCAGAGCAGCCAGGCAGUAAUAUGCCCACCCCAGAGCUGAAGAAAAUUAUUCUUGGAAAAAAAAAAAAAAUCCCACACAUUUGUCAAGCACAGCACUUGUAAAAUAAAGUCCAAAAGCAUUCAUUUCACCUGCUUGCUGAUGUGUUUUAGUCCUAUCUGUUAAUGACAUUUUCCAACUGUAAAUUCAAAGAAAAGCUAUCACUCAUUUAAGAGGAUAGGGAUCAGACCCCAGUAAUUUUAGUAUUAUUGUUUAUUACUUCCUUUUGAAACAGAAAUCUCUGCAUGCACUUUCACAUCUGUCACUUCUAGUGUACAUCUCUGUAUGAUGACUUAUCUUUGCUGUUCCUUGUAUGAUAAAUAGCUUUCAUUAAUAAACAUCUUAUUCGAUGGAAA